GGAGGGCGCAGAAGGGGAGCGGGAGGCAGGAAAACAGGGGGCCAGGGGACAGGGGAAAAAAGGGGAAAGGAGAGAGGCAGGACAGGAGGAGGCAAAAGGGGGGGCGCGGGGGGGGGACGCAGCGGGGGGGAAGAGGAAGGGAGACGGGAAAAGCGCAGAGGGGAAAGGGCGGGAAGGGAGGCAAGGGGGGGAAGAGAGGAGGGAAGGGGAAGGGGAGGCAGAGGGGGCCGAAGCAGAAGAGGGGGGAAGGAGGCAAGGAGGCCGGGAGCAAGGCAGACGGGGAGAGGGAAGGAGAGGAGGGCCGAGGGAAGGGGGACGGAGGCAGAAACGGGAGGCGCGGGGAGGCCGGAAGGAAGCACGGGAGGCGCGAAGGGGAGGGCACCAGGGAAGCGGGAAGGAGGGGAACCAGACAGGGGCGGGGGAGACCGACAGGGGGAGGGGCAGACCCCAAACAGGGAGACAGGAAGGAGAGAGGAAGCGGGGAGACAGACGAGGGGAAGGGCCAGGACGGAAGAACAGCGGGGGCCACGAGGCGCCGGAAAGGGAGACGCGAGGGAAGGAAGGGGGGGCAGGGAGACGGAGGCGCGAACCACCGGGCCGGGGAGGAGAGGGAGAGGGGCCCAGCACAAGGGGAGAAGCGGGGGGCAAAAGGGGAAGGAGGGCGGGCCAAGGGGAGGGGAGGGCGGGGAGGAAAGAAGAGCCAAAAGCAGCGGGAAGGGACGGAAAGAGCGGGGGGGCAAGCGGGGGGAAGGAAGGAAAAGGCGACAGCAGAGGCAGCGACCGAAGAGGAGGAAGGGGGAAGCACAGAAAGGGGAGGCAAGAAGGGGAGAAGGGGCGAGGGAGCGGAGAAGGGGAAGGGGGGGGGGAGGAGCCACAGCAGCCGGAAGCGGGGAAAAGGAGAGAGGAAGCGGGGGAGGGGGAGCACAGAAAGGGGGGGACAGAGCAGGGGGGAGGAAGGGAGGGAAGAGGAGGAAAGGAGCCCACAGGCAAGGGCGGGAGAGGGGGAGAAGGAAGCAGGAGGAAAGACGGGACGACGGGCAGAAGGGAGCCCACAGGCAAGGAGGGAGCGGAAGGGAGGGAGGAGGGGGAGCAGGGACGAGAGAAAGAAAGCAAGGAGGGACGGGAGGGAGGGGAAAGAAGGGCAAGGCGAGCAGGAAGGGGAAGGGGAGGAGGGAAACGGGAGAGCAGAGGGCGGAAGGGGCCCACAGGGAGGAAGAAAAGGAACAGGAGCGCGGAAGGGGAGCAGAAGGAGAGAAGGAAGCGGAGGGACGAAAACGGGAGCCGACAGGCAAGGGGGAGGGCAGGGGAGGCGGCAACGCAGGGGAGAAGGGGGCAGCAGAAAGAAAGGGGGCAGGGGGAGCGAAGGGAGGAAAACGGGCCCACAGGCAAGGGGAGGGCACGAGAGGCGGCGGGCGCGGAGGAAGGGGGAAAAGAGGAGCAGAAGGGGGGCGGAAGGGGAGGGAAGAGAAGGAAAACGGGAGCCCAAGGCAAGGGGGAGGGCAAGAAAGCCCACCCAGGAGAGAAGAAGGGGAGCACAAGGGCGGAGAGGGAGAAAGGAGGGCAAGGAGAAGGCGAAGGGGCAGGGGGGCAGGGGCAAAACAGGGAGGCAGGCACGGCCCAAAAGGAGGCACGGGAGGAAGGAAGCCACGAAGCGGGCGCGGGGCGGCGGACGAACGGGAGGAAGGGACGGGAGGGGACAGACCGCGGGGAGGCCAAGAAGAAAAGGGAGCGGGGGAGCCAAAGGCGAACGGGGGGGAAAGAGGGAGGGGGGGGGGAGGAGGGCCAACGAGGGGGGGGAAAAGAGAGCGGCAGGAGGGAGGGGGACGGGAAGGGGAACCAAAAAGGGAGGAGGGAGGAGGGCCAACGAAGGGGGGGGGGAAGGAGGGGCAGGGGGAGGGGGGCAAGAAAGCAAGGAGGAGGAGGGAGAGGAGGAAGGGCAGGGAGGAAGGGCGCGGAAGAAGAGGAAGCAGGGGAGGGAGCAGGGAGAAAAGAGCAGGAAGAGACGCCACGAAAGGGGAGGGAAGGAGGGGGCAGACAGGCCAAAGGGGGGGGAGGGGAAACAAGAAGGCCAAAAGAGGCCACAAGGAGGAAGCGGGAGGGGGGCAGAGAAAGGCAGAAGGGCAAAGGAGGGAACAGGGGGGACAACAGAGGGAGGAAAAGGGGGGCAACAAGAGGAAGGAAGGGAGGAGAACAAAAGCAGGGAACGGGGGGGCACGGGCAGGGAAGAAAGGCGGCAGGGAGGAAGAGAGGCGGGAGGGGCGGCAAAAGGGAGCCGGGCCAGGGGAGGGGGGAAGGCCGCAAAACAAGGGGGGGGGCAGAGAAGGAAGACGCAGGAGGGGCAGGGCAGGGAAAAGGGACAGGGAAGGGAGGGGAAGGGAGGGGGAGGAGGAAGAGGCCAAAGGAGGGACGGAGACCGGGGGGGAGGGGCGAAGGGAGGGGAAGGCGGCGGGACGGGACGAGCGGGGGGCGAGGGAGGAGGGGAGGGACAGACGGGGCAACGCCAAGCGCGGAGCGGGGAGAGAGAGGACGGAAAGGAACGGAGAGAAAGAAGGCAGGGAAAGAGGGAGCAGGAGGCGAACAGGAAGAGAGCGCGACGGAAGGCAGGCGGAGAAAGGGGGAGAGAGCAGACAGGGGACGCGGGGGGACAAGGGGGAGGCGGGGGCGCCGGCAGGGGGCACAGAAGGGAGGGGGAGAAACAGCCGGAAGGGACCGAGAAGAAACAGAGGGGGGGGCAGGAAGGACCGAAGGGGGAGAAGGAAAAGGCAGGGGACCAGAAGGAGACGACGCGAGGAAAGAGAGGACAGAGCACGAGGAGGCGGAUGCGUGGGGGCGGUGGAGAAGGGGGGCGAGGUACGGGCACCAGGGGAGAGGGAUAGAUGGUCCCGAAGAAAUGAGAGUUAUAGAGGAGAGAGGAGGGCUGAAGGAAGGGGCAAGUUUGACGAGGCGGAGGAUAGGUGGUUCGGGGGGCGACGUAUAA